UGAGUUUAACAUGGCAGACACAACCAGUCCCAUCUCUCGGACUUCACAGCAAGAAAGCAACAACUUUAUUUGCAUAUCUUAUAACUUACUGUUUAUUUUUCUAUUCUCCGGUUACAGAUUAUCCAGUUCCAUCAGUUUAUAAUUAGAAAACUGUAGUUACCCUUUAGCGAUAGCUAUUUCUUGAUUUGAUUGGUCAACUAAAGAAGCACAACUUAAAAUUGGUUCUGUCCGUGAGACCCGCUUAACUCUAGUGUUGAACAGCGCAAUUAGCUUCCGAAUUUUACUAAAAUGAGGAGUUAACUACGCCUUUAAUUAGACUUUUUGUUUCCAAAACCAAUAAUCAUUCUAGUUUUUGCUUCUUGCUUUAAGUUUACUUAAGACUCUUCUUUAUCUCUGACUUAUUUCUUCUAUAAAUUGACGAAAUUCAGAGACAUGGUUGUGUUGAGAAGUGGGUAGGUCAUAGGUGGAGAAAAGAUUUUUCCGAGGAAGAUGGAGUGGCAGAAUUUUCAAGAAAAGCAACUGGAAGAAGAAGAGAUGAGAGUGGAUAUGGAGUUGGGGCAGUUUCAAAAUGGUGGGUUGUUUGUAAAAGUUAUGACUGAUGAGCAAAUGGAGCUUCUGAGGAAACAAAUUGCUGUUUACACCAUGCUUUGUGAACAGCUUGCUCAGAUGCACAAGGCCUUCUCUGUUCAACAUGAUAUUACUGGAAUGAGAUUCGGCAAUCCAUACUUUGAUCCAUUGUUGACAUCUGGUGGCCAGAAGAUCACUGCCAGGCAACGUUGGACGCCGACACCCGUGCAACUUCAAAUCCUUGAGCGUGUAUAUGAUGAAUGCACUGGUACUCCUAACAAGCAGAAGAUCCAAGAAAUAACCAGUGAACUGGCACAACAUGGACAAAUUUCUGAAACAAAUGUGUAUAACUGGUUCCAAAAUAGAAGAGCUCGUAUCAAGAGAAAGCAGUCAGGUGCUGGUUCGAACAUGGAGGAGUCAGAAGCAGACACCCAUGUUGAGUCAAAGAACAAAAACCCAGAAAGCAUCCAGUUGUUUGAGAAUUCAGCAGCAAGGGCUGAACACAUUUUUUCUCAAAGUCCGGAUAUAGGAUUUGAGCAACUAGUGGGCAAAAUGGAAGGUCCGGGUAGCUAUAGUCCUGAGUGGGAGGUGGAAGGAUACAGCAUGCUCUGA